AUGCACUUUGUCAUUUUUAAUUCACAUCUUGAUUUUGAUAUUUUCCUUUAGUUUGGUGAGUAAGACAAUCUAAAAAUCAAAUUCGAUUUAAAAUUAAAAUAUAAUAAGAAAUAAGUAUUCGAACGGGCUUAGAAUGGUUACGGGAGGCCAUUAUAACUCAGGAGCCCUUUGAAGUAGGUGAGGGAAUAGCUUCACCAGAUGCGUGAAGUCAAUCUUGGAUAGGUCCAUUCUUUUGGGCAGAUGAUUCAAGGAGGGCAACUGAAUGGAGCAUUCCUCAUAGUCGGAAUUGUUCUGGCAUUGCUUCAUUCAAUUGUCUUGCGAGGAUAAACGGCAUCCUUCCUGCUUUCUCCAAGAUGACUGAUAAAGAAACACAAGAAAAUAAUAUAACAAAUCAUGUUUAAUUUACAAAAGG